GUGGCGGAGAGAAAGAGAGAGAGAGAGAGAGGCGUCGAAGCCACAAGAUGCAACGCAACGCCGCCCUACGAGCAGCGCGCCUGUCCCCUCCGGCCUGAAAAGCAGAAGCCCGUCUGAUUUGCCCGACGGUUCCUCUCCUCCCAGUCCGCGCUUGGGACUCGCGAGCGGUGGCGGCAAAAAAAGGGCAACUGUAGCCAGGGAGAAGAGGCGGCGGCGGCGGUGGAGGAGGCGGAGAAGGAGGCCGGCGGCUGAGCCCUCCCCUCCUGGGUCUCUCUGCCUGGGCGAAGAAUGCCGGAGGCGCCCGGGGCCGCCCUGCGCGGAGCUUGAAGGCAGCGCCUGGUGCCGCCGACGCCCAAGCUCGCCCAUGGCUCCCUUCUUCUCCUGACCGCCCAGCGGCUUCGGAGCGAAGGACGGAGGCUGCCCGCCGUCCCCCUGGCCGAGGGCUGGUAUGCUCGGGCAGCGGCGGGAUGGCCUCGGCUGUGUUUGAGGGCACCUCGCUGGUCAACAUGUACGUGCGGGGCUGCUGGGUGAACGGCAUCCGGAGGCUGAUCGUCAACCGGCGCGGGGACGAGGAGGAGUUCUUUGAGAUCCGAACCGAGUGGUCCGACCGGAACGUCCUGUACUUACACCGCAGCUACUCGGACUUGGGCCGCCUCUUCAAGCGCCUGCUGGACUCCUUCCCGGAGGAUCGCCCCGAGCUCUCCCAGUCCCCCUUCCUCCAAGGCUUAAUUACGAUUAAAGAGUCUCAUGACAUAGAAGCCAGGCUGAACGAGGUGGAGAAGCUCCUAAAGAAUAUUAUAAAUAUGCCUUGGAAGUAUUCCAGAUCUGAAGUUGUCCUGACCUUUUUUGAAAGGUCUCCUUUAGACCAAGUGUUAAAAAACGACAACGUCCAUAAAAUCCAACCCAGUUUCCAGAGUCCAGUUAAAAUAUCUGAAAUCAUGCGUUCGAAUGGAUUUUGUUUAGCUAAUACUGAAACGAUCGUGAUCGACCACAGUAUACCAAAUGGCAAAGAAAGACACUUGGACGCCGAUACAGCAGAACACUUGUUUGAAAAUGUUAGUGAAUUUACCUCUGAGUUGCAAGACGCUGAUGACCCAACAGCUUACGUCACCAACUUGUCAUACUAUCAUCUGGUUCCAUUUGAAACGGAUAUUUUGGACUAAGACUGUCAAACAGACUUCACGGCUGACAUCAGGCAAUUGUCUUUUCUUGGGGGCGUUCAGUUGCCCCCCACCCCUAGCUUUGCACUGAUCAUGCCUGCUGCAAGUAUAUGAUACAAUAACAGGAAAGGAUUCCUACAAAGGUUCGCCUUGAAGCUGAUAUCGUUGUUUGAUUCUUCACUGCGGCUGCCUGGGUCAACUCCCAAGGAUGCGUUUCUCUUCUAAUGGACAAAGAAGUUUUUAUAGCGCCAAAAAAGAGUGAAACAAGGACAUCCAAAGCUGUGUUGAUUCAAAGAAUAAGUGAUGUACUGAUAAAACUUUGAUGAUACCAAAAUGGAAACAGAGCAUCAGUGGUACCAGUAGCUACGGUGAAAUUUGAAAAGGAACUCCAUGUUUCCUCCUCUGUCAAGUGGUCUCUAAUCCCACCCAACAUUUUGAACCUCUUUUUAAUUGAAAGAUUCAUUAUGAUCAGACACUAGAGGACCACCACCCCCGCUCCCCAAUUUCUCAUGAUGGCUUGCAAGAAAUGUCCAGUAGUUGGUUUACAGGAAGUAUUCCAGAGUAAGUGAUGCCUUAUGUAAUGUGUGCCUACAAGAAAUAAGCUUCUGAAUUGACUGUUUAGUUCGACUUCAUUUGAAACCAAGGAUUUUAAUCUUUUCAGCAACUAUCAUGUUCUCCUGAAAUAAAUAAUAAUAGUGAAACAAAAGAAUGAACAAGCAAGUUGUAGCUCUAAGAGAAAGGAGAAAGGGAAAUGUGAUGAGUUUUAAAUGGUCCAUCCAAACGUUUGGUUUUCCUCCUCCAGGAAUUCUCCAUGAUUUCGUUUCUUCUACAAUAGGAACACUUUGCAAUUCUCAGUAUUAAUGUUUACACAGGUGGGGUACAUUUCGUCCUGUCCACUUAACUUUCCACAGAUUAGAACAAGUAACUUGCCAAAAGUAUGAUUUCCGUGGUGAGUAAUCCUCAGCGCUGCUCCCUUAAAUAUAAAUAACAACAAAGGAAUGCGGAGUGAAGUUCACAAUUUGGUGGGGCGGAUUCAUGUUAUCAAAUAAUUGCACUGUUAUGAAUUAUGUGCCACAAAAACACUGCUUUCUGUGGCACAUCACUGGCAUGUGCUAUAUGAGCUUCAGCCCAGAGAAAAAUCUGAUCUUGCAUUAGGUGACUUUACAGUGGCAAAACUUGAAUAUUUGUGAAAGGAGAGAAUAUCUUUUUCCAGGAAUAAUAGGAAUGCAAGCUAUUGUUCAUACUGCUCACUCAGCAAUAAGCUUAUUACAUCAUUUGAAAGUUACCCAGUUGUUCUGUUUUAGCACCAACCUUCCUCCCCAGUUUAUCUUGUGUGAUAUGGUAAAAGUAAAGAAGCCCCUGCUAGUCAUUUUUACUCUGCUAGUAGGGAGUGGAGCUCAUCUCUGUUUCGAGACCAUUGAGUCAGCGCUGUCCAAAGAUGUAUCCAUGGUCAUGUGGCCAGCAUGACAUCAUGUAUCACUGAACAAUCAAGGCACUAGGCUUGUUGGCUGGAAAGACACAAGCGCUGUAUGACUGGGUGAACUCCCAUUCUUGCCCCAGUUCUUGCCAGCCUAGUGGUUCGAAAAUAGGUAUUCUGACCCCCUCCUCCGUCCA